GCCUCCCAUGCGAAGGGCAUAGUGUUAGAGAAGGUGGGCGUUGAGGCCAAACAGCCCAACAGCGCGAUCCGGAAGUGCGUGAGAGUACAGCUGAUCAAAAACGGCAAAAAGAUCACCGCUUUUGUCCCGCGAGACGGUUGUCUCAACUUCAUUGAGGAGAACGACGAGGUGUUGGUCGCCGGCUUCGGUCGUAAGGGUCACGCCGUCGGCGAUAUUCCCGGCGUUCGCUUUAAGGUCGUGAAAGUGGCCAACGUUUCGCUCCUCGCCCUCUAUAAGGAGAAGAAGGAGAGGCCCAGGAGUUAG